AUGGAGCCAGAAUCCAUAGAAAUCUGUCCUUAUAACCCUCACCACCGAAUCCCACUCAGCAGAUUCCAGUACCACCUGGCAUCAUGCCGGAAGAAGAACCCCAAGAAAGCCAAAAAGAUGGCCAGCUGUAAAUACAACGCCUGCCACGUGGUGCCCAUCAGAAAGCUGGCUGAACAUGAAGCUACCUGUGUCAACAGAAGCUCUCUGGAGGAAGAGGACACUUUGGGCCCUCUGCAAGUUAGUCUCCCACAGCCGCAGAGCGAGGACGCACUACAGGUCCCUUGGCUUUCCAACUCCGACAUAUGGAACGUGGAUGGCGCCAACUGUCACCCAAUGUUUGUCCUCAAGAGUUUUGUUCCCCAGAAACUUGUUUGUGAGAGUGACACACAAGAGUCACGGGGAGGAGACCAACCCUCAGAAGAUCCUCAGACCAGGACCAGGAGGGCAAACUUCUAG